UAGGUGAAGCUAUCUGAGGCUUAUGUUGUGUGUUAAAUGCGGUGAAAAUUAUCUUUUCGGUUUUUUGAAAAACUAAAAAGUGCAUUGCGAUUAUAUUUGUAAUUUAGUGUUUCCGUCUCCUUUUCCGAGUGUUGAGUGAACAUUAUCUCACCUUUACCGCGUUGAUAAUCAUAACAUUAAAAGUAAAUUUGAUAUCUUUCUUUUGUUUUUGGUUUGUAACAAAGGCUGCUUUCUGGUUAUUUUUUAUUCAUCACGUAGAUUAGUGUGCGUAGCUGUAGAAAAAUGAAUACAAAAAUCGAAUCAUAACAACGUGUGUAUAUUUAAUGUGAAGCGUAACAAGUAAGAGAACAGCACAACAUUCUACCAGCCACCACCACAUUGGUAUGACCUACCCUUGCACACAAUGCUAACACGUGGCCAUUUAAUCAUCAUUAAACGUGACGGUAAGGAUGGUUCUGUCUAUCCUGUUACUACAACAACCUGUUCUGUUGGAAGAGGGCUCCAAAAUGACAUAAGAAUUCAUGUGCAGUCUGUCUCUCAAGAGCAUUGCAAGAUUUACACAUCAGAUUUUCAGCCGGCAAUACUGAAGAACUUGAGCUCUACCAAUCCAACUAAAGUUAAUAAUGCCCCCAUUGGUGAAAAUGAGCAUCAUCUAGAACAUGGUGAUGUAAUAACCACUGGUGAAAGGUCAUUUCGAUGGGAAUAUCUCCCACCAUCUCGAUACUACAGACCUACUAAGGCAAAGACAUCGCCAUUACGUGGCAGCACUGGAAUGGUUGGUAUGCCUAUUUCAGUGCUACAGAGUACCCUGGGUACCCAGUCUUUCAAUAGACGAUCUGGAAUUGUAACAGAGAGGAAAAUAAAAUUAUCUCCUGCGCUGAUGGCCUCAAGUGAUCAAACUCCUGCCAAGUGUGAUACAUCAUUUAGUCCUUCCAGACGACUUGUUGCCAUUGUCAGUCCACAAAGAAGACCACAGAGUGAGAAGAAGGCCAGUAGGGCAUCAGCAGGUGGUAGCAGGGCACCAAACCAGGAGGAUGAAGGCAGUAGUGCUGUACCAAUGUCUGGCACUAAAGUGAUUGCUCAGUCACGGAGACAGAAGAGUCCAGUGGCUGCAGGGCCUGUUACAAAUGUGAGUUCUUCAGCUGAUAAGACUGUGGCAGAACUGAGGAACCAGUCCUCAGGCAAGAGAAUGGAUUCUACCCCAUCUAGCAGGAAAUCUAGCAGGCUGUACAGUAAAUCUGCAAGGAAGGCAACAGAGUCCUACAACAAUGUGAAAAUAUUUCAAAAUGUACGGUCUUGGCAGUCGUUGGUGACCAAUAGAAAGGCUCCGUUAGUAAGUUCCAAGGCUAGGAAGUCUGUUGGUAGUACACCAUUGCCAAAAGUAAGCCGGAUUCCAACACUUGUGAAAUCUGUGUCAAGGCUCUCUCGUGCUAAAACACCUGAAAGCGCAAAGACAAGCAGAAGAUCAGGUGGAAAUCUUAAGAAGAAGAAGACUCCAGUCUCAUCUGUAAAAACGAAAAAAUCUGAACAGAAGAGACCAGUUGCUGUAUCAGCUGAAGAAAGGAAAAGGAAAUGUGAAUCUGGACUUCGUUCAGCAGAAAGGGCUGCUAAGAGGUUGAAGCUGGAGAGCCCGAAAACACCUGAUAAAAAGAAGAUGGCUGCCUUGUUAGUGUGUCAUGGAAAAGGUUCACGGCCCAAAACUCCACAGUUAGUGGUUUCCAGUUCGCCUCAACGGGUGACUGACACAUUGAAAGUAAAACAUAAGAGCAGGACACCUACUUCAGUACCAAAAUCUCAUGGACUUGCUGUCCAAAAGACUAGAAGGAAGAAGUCUGAAAACUUAAGGGCUUCAAGUGAUGGAAUGACAUCAGCUAAGGAUGUGUUCUCUCUGGAAAUUUCCCCAAAUUUCAAAUUUGAUUCGGAUGUGAUACUUUCGAACGUGUCAUCUGGCCAGAGAGCUGAGAACAAAGAGAGGCCUCUUACGUCAUCUCAGAAGAGUCGCCGAAGCCGCGCUCUUAAAUCAGAGAAGACUGCUUCACCAGAACCUGGAAAAAUUACUGACUUAUCUGGUGUUGCCGAGCUUUUUAAUUCUCCAGCGAAAGCAACAAGUACAAGGAAAAGAGCAUCUCUCGUUUCUGGUGAUACUGUACAGACUCACAAUGCUGUUCUUUCAGAAGGAAGACAUUCAAGCGAUAACUCUGUAGACCUUCAUACACUUAACAUUUUUGAGUUACAAACUGAUGUCAGCUCGGGCAAGAAAACUCCUAAAAGCACUGCACGUCAGUCACUGUUCAAGAGCUUGAUGAAGAAAUCAAUCAAGCAUAACUCAGCUUUAAUUGAUGAUAGUAUGGGGAAUGCUGAGACACUUGGGUUUCUUCCAGACAUCUCUUAUGUGGGGAGAGAAUCUAGGAGUGUAAGUGUUGGCUUUCCUGUUACCAGUGAAGAGACUAAUCAGUCAUCUUCAAGGAAGUCUAGAUAUUUGUCUGGAAAGUGGUCUUCAAAUUCUGAGCCUCAUUCUCCUGCCACAAGGAAGUUUUCAUCAUCACCAGAAUUGGAACAGAAAGUAAGACCACUUACUGUGUCAGGCACUCCUGUUUCUGAGCAAACCGCUUCAAGAAGAAGUUCAAGAAUUGGCGUGCAUUCUCCAGAGUCUGUGAAAUCAACUUCAAGUUCACUGUCAAAGUUUGGAAGUAAAGGAACAUCAUUUCCUCCAGGCACACCUGUUUCUGAGCUAAGUGGUUCGAUAAGAAGAUCCAGGAGUUCCAUAGUGACACAGUCUCCAAAGUGUGACAAAUCAGAUUUAAAAUCACUGCCAGGCACUAACAAAAAAGGAAAAUCUGUUUCUCCUAGCAUGUCUCCCUAUAAUAAGACUGCUUCAGCAAUGGACUUGAUGGAUACAGGAGGUGCUGGUUCAUCUCCAGGGUCCAUAGUUCAGAAUUUUACAUCCACAUGCUUGAGGAUGUCUUCAGGGUCUUCAGCAGGAACAGGUAAAGGAGCAAUAUCUGUUUCAGGCUCAUCUGUGUCUCCAAAAAAACCAGAUUUGGUUAAGAAUUUGUCUUCAUAUUUAGAUGAAGAAAGCCCCAGUUCUUCUGGCUCAAGAUUUAAAAAAUCAUCAGAGAGACAUGUACGUACAUCAUCCAGAUCAGGGUUUUCUCUGGAUGUUGUUUCCCCCCAGAAGAGUAUGUUGCUGCAAGAGCGCAAGACCCGUUCAUCGCAGAAACGAAUAGCUCAUUCCAGUAUGAACCAGACACAGUCCCCAACUCCAGUCUCCCAGAAUACAACUUUUGAUUUUGAUUCUGUGAGAACUCCUCAUAUUCCUGUGGAAAAUCUUGUGUCCCCUCUUUCCUCCAACAGGAAACGAAAAAGUUUGGGGUGGCAGGAUAUAAGUAUGAUUUUGCAGAAACGAAACUCUGAACCUGCUAUUAAGAAACGGCAUAUCAGUGAGAGGGUUGAUGGGAAUGUCACCUUUUUAAAUGACAGCAGUGUACAUCCAUUAUCUCCACAACAGUUGUUUUCAUCGUCAUUAAUUGAUGAACCCAUUCAUACAUCUCGUUCUGCAGGACAAGGAUGGGAAUCUUAUGAUAACUUUUCUCCUGGACUAAAGACCUGUGUCUCUUCCAAAAAUGCUUCACCUUAUGUCCAUGCUAUACAAAAUAUCAAGAACAUGUCGCCAGCAGUUAGCCUUUCAGGUCGUGGUAGAAUCCAUAGAUUUUCAGCAGGCUCUAGAAUUUCACAAUCAUUUGGAAAUAACAUGAACAAUAUUAGUGGUGCGCUACAACUAAUGAAAACACCAAGUAGUCCAAAAUCUCCUGUGAAUGACUUGCCAGAUGUGAAUGGAGGAGAAAAACUUACGACAGUUCGAAGGACGUCAAAAUCUCCAAAAGAUGGUUUGACGGAUGUACAUGUAGUGGAGCAGCUUAUAAAGGACCCAAGGAGUCCAAAAUUACCCAGAAGUGAACUGAAAGAUGUAUGUAAUAUGAGGAGACUUACAAAAACACCGGGGAGUCCAAAAUCACCCAAAAAUGGCCUGAGAAAUGUUCGUGGUGUGAGGAAUGUUAUGAAAACGCUGAGGAGUCCAAAAUCCCCCCAAAAUGAUCUGAGAGAUGUUCGUGGUGUGAGAAACCUUAUGAAAACACCUAGAAGUCCAAAAUCUCCUAAAAAUGAUUUGAGAGAUGUUCGUGGUGUGAGGCAACUUCUGAAAACGCCGAGGAGCCCAAAAUCUCCCAAAAAUGAUCUGAGAGAUGUUCGUGGUGUGAGAAAUGUUAUGAAAACACCGAGGAGUCCAAAAUCCCCCCAAAAUGAUCUGAGAGAUGUUCGUGGUGUGAGAAACCUUAUGAAAACACCUAGAAGUCCAAAAUCUCCUAAAAAUGAUUUGAGAGAUGUUCGUGGUGUGAGGAACCUUAUGAAGACACCUAGAAGUCCAAAAUCUCCUAAAAAUGAUUUGAGAGAUGUUCGUGGUGUGAGGCAACUUCUGAAAACGCCGAGGAGCCCAAAGUCUCCCAAAAAUGAUCUGAGAGAUGUUCGUGGUGUGAGAAACCUUUUGAAAACACCAAGGAGUCCAAAAUCUCCCCGAAAUGAUUUGAGAGAUGUUCGUGGUGUGAGAAAUCUUAUGAAAACACCUAGAAGUCCAAAAUCUCCCAAAAAUGACUUGACAGAUGUCCGUGGUGUGAAGAGACUUAUGACAACUCCCCAAGUUACAAGAUCACCUAAGAAUGAUAUAACUGAUGUUGAUGGAGUAAAGGAACUUAUGGAGACUCCGAGGUCUGGUGCACAUGGCUUGACAGAUAUUGAUGAGCAUUGUCUGGAGAAAACUCCAACUUCACCCAGUCCUAGGUCUGGCAGUCGUGCAUCGUUGACGCACAGUAAACUAAAGACCCCAGAAAGGUACAGUGUAGAUGGGACAGUGCCUUCCAUAGCCACAAGGACACGUCAUAGACAGGCAUCUGGGAAAACAGCUCCUAUCAAGCAUAGUCCAAAAUUUAUUAAAACAGAAGUCCCAGAAGCAGACAGAAGUGAUGCAGAGGGCUCUCUUGACCAGAAGAAUAUCUCAGUGCAUGAAGAAGUAAAGACAAAUAAUGCAAGAAGCAGGCGCAACAGAAAAGGACCAGAUCUUGGCAUAGUAAAGGCUGAAAUUGCAGACAGAAGUACCACACCACGGUCGAAGAAAAGACAGAAGGAGAAUAAGGCACAAAAUAAAGAGGACCUUUCACCAGAAAAACAUUUGGACAUGUCAGUUGAGUCCACUGAUACAUCUCUUUCCUCUGCUAGAGCACAGAACAGAGUACACUUUGGUAUCCCCAAUAGCCCAGACAUCCCAGUGGCUCAAUUUACAAGGAAGAAGAGAGGUGUGGUUGAUGCUGCAGUGCAACAACGGUCCUCUCCACCUGGAACAAGAAAAACACUGAGAUCAAAAGGAAGUGUGAAAGGGGAAUCUAUUGCAAAGGAAGAUAUAAAUGACCAAUCAGUCUCUUUGCCAGCUGUUAGGAAAACACGAGGUACAAAGUUGACUUCUGCAGUUGAAGUGGCUUCAUCUCCAGCAAGAAGAAAGCGAGGAGCUAAAGUAGCAGCUGAUGCAGAAUCAUCUCCUGUACCUUCCAAAAGGCGGCAUGGUGUUAUUGCCCAGAGUAAUACAGAGGAGUCGUCUCCUCCCAGAACAAGGCGAGGCACUGUUACCACUGGUUCAGAACUAUCUUCAUCACCUAAAAGACAGCAAGCUGUCAUUGUGACUAUGAAUGCCAAACCUUUGCCUCCAAGAACCCGAAGCCGUGCCAUUGUUUCUACUGAAACGGAAAUUCCUGAGUCUCCAGUUACAAAAAAGACCAGAAGUAAAUUGACUCUCAAGACUGCGGUAACUUCACCACCAGUUGCCACAGCUGUGCCACAGGAAGAUUCCUUUACAUCUGCUAAUAAACAGCUGACAUCUGAAGUUUCUCCAUCACCAGCUGGUAAAAGGCGGAAACAAACCAAAGCAGUUGAACAAUCAGCUACAAAACCUGCGAGAAAAUUGCGAGGCACAAAGUUAUCAGAUGUCUCAGAAGAUGAAACUGGACCGUCUGAUACUAAAACAAGAAGCAGGAAACCAAGGAUCAUUUCAAGUCCUGUGUUAAAGGCAAAAUCACCACCUGUUGUAACAAGAAGAGGUGGGAAGCGGUCCGCUAAGAGAGAAGUGAGCCCAGAAGCAGUAACAGAACGUCGAACACGUGCAAGUCGAAGAAGGAAGUAAUUUUUACACAGGGUGCAGAAUUUGUGCACUCAUACUCUGCGUGGAUACUUAGAUGCCACAUUUGUGCUUAUUAUGAGAGUCUGCAGUAUAAUCAUAUAAAUGAUAAUUCAUUGUAUACUUUCCUAACCUCAGAAAAUGUAAAUAUCUUAAAAAUCUUUUAACUUUUUAUUGUACAAUGUGUAUUUUUAUAAGAAACCAUUUUGGUGGAAUGCUAAUUACAUCAUAAACUGAGAGCUUAGACAACGUUUUCAUGAGGUGUUGGAUUUAAAAUGUUUAGACACUGGCCUUAGUGUGUUGCCUUUUAAAAUGUGUGGUACAAAAUUUGUAUGAAUUUGUUAUUCUGUUGACAUCAUAUGUUACAAUUCAGUUUUGUUUACGAGUUGUUUAAAAAUCUUUGAGCAUGUAACUUCUGUAAAAUUAUAGCAUUUAAACUCCUGGGUACUGGAGUGUACUGCAUCCAUGAACACCAAUUUCUGUAAAACUCUGUUUCAAGUAAGGGAAUCACCUUUAGAGCAAGCUGACACUUGCAGCCAAGGUAAAAGUUGUGGAAGUAUGUGUAAAUGGAUGCAGUAUAGAGUAGAGAGAAUUGUAAGAGUGCAUAAUCUCAUUUUCACCCAGAAGUGGAGAUGGAUCACUCCAGUAUUUGGGUGUGAAUGUCUUGUGGCACAGAUUCGCAGCUAUUGGUCUUGGAAACAGCCAUUGUGUCUUCUUUAGAAUUAUUGAUGUGUAUUAUAGAAUGGUGGUAUCUAAUGAUCCAGUAUUCCAUUAUUGAAGAAUGUAAUAAAUUAUGUCACUGUUGUUUUAACAAAAGAAAUUUUUUUAUUAAGUAUCACUCUGUUUAAACAAUAAAGAUCUCAACAAAGAC